AUGAUCACCAGUCGCAAUUUCCAAUUCUCGAGCCCGAUUCGCGGCUUUCGAUGCUGCCGAUACCCUAUCCCUUCCAAGUAUCAACAGCAGGUACCAUUCGAGAAAAGCGUGUUAGCCUGA